AUGAAUUCACUUGAGGUUUUAGCACUAGAGAGUAACAAUCUUUCUAGUCCAAUUCCAGUAUCUCUAGGUGACUUAACUGAGCUCCAAUAUUUGUUCCUUCAUUCUAACCAACUUUCUGGUCGUAUUCCUAGUGAAUUGGGGAAUUUGAAAGAACUCAAUGCCUUGGCAUUAUAUGAGAAUCAGCUUAGUGGUUCAAUUCCUACUUCCUUUGGAAACUUGAAAAACUUGCAAACUCUAUUCCUCCAUUUGAACAAACUUUCUAGUCGAAUUCCUGCAAAAAUAGGGAGGAUGAAGUCACUUGAAGUUUUUUUAUCUUCAUUUGAACAAUUGAAUUGGGGAAAUGCAAAAAAUUUGAUUGAUCUACGCAUAGACAGAAACAAUAUUAGUGGUAGCAUACCUCUAGAGAUUGGAAAUGUCAAAGCGCUUCUAGGACUUGAUCUUUCAUCAAAUCAAUUGACUGGGCAGAUUCCUAAGGAAAUUGGAAAACUAACCUCUCUGAAAACUCUGAAGGAGAUCAGGAGGAUAAUUCAUCUUACUGUGCUUGAUUUGAGCCAGAAUCUUCUUGAUGGAGAAAUAACUGCUCAACUAGACAGUUUGUGGGACUUAGUAAGCUUAAAUCUUUCCCACAAUGGAUUUUAUAGCUGCAUUCCUAAAGAACUUGCAAGUUUGACUGGUUUGGAGAAUGUUGUAUUGUCAUAA